CCCACCCUGAGAGAGACCCCACACCCACACUCCCCCCUGCUAUAUAGCUGCUUUGCAGAAAUGCCUCCAGAUUCCGCGUGGAAUUAGUGUGAGUGGACAGGGGCUCGUGCCAGGCUCAGUGCAUGCCAGCCAUGUGCACGUGAGAGCGGCACCACGCGUGGACCUGUGUCCGGUCACCGAGGGGCGUCAUGUCCACGGGCUCUGUGAGUGACACGGAGGAGCUGCUGGAGCUGAGGGUGCUGGAACUUCAGUAUCCCAAACCCACGGGGUGCGGGGAGCUGCUGCUGGAGCCGAACUCCGCCGACAACUCCGAGGAGGAGGAUGAGGACGAUGAUGGGGCUGCGGAUACCGCAGGCGGCAGGAGGAAGCGGGGCAGCCGCGGCCAGCAGCACCCGGACAGAAAGCAGACUCCCCGCUCCUCCAAGGAGAGCAAGCAGUCCCAGAGGAACGCGGCCAACGCCCGGGAGAGAGCCCGCAUGCGGGUGCUGAGCAAGGCGUUCUCACGGCUGAAGACCAGCCUGCCCUGGGUGCCCCCCGACACCAAGCUCUCCAAGCUGGACACCCUGCGCCUGGCCUCCAGCUACAUAGCGCACCUGCGCCAGCUGCUGCAGGAGGACAGAUACGACGCCGGCGGAUACAGCGUGCACCCAGUCAGCCUGACAUGGCCAUUUAUGAUUUCAGGACGACUGGAAUGUGAUCCUUAAGAAGUUAAUGUAUCCUGUAGGUUUUAUGGGGCCACAGUAUAGGAGACCAUCUAUCUGACUGCUUCAUCCGAUUAAAGAUUUUUAUUCAAGAUGUACUGUAGCAGAUUUAUAGUUACUGAUGAAUGAUGUUAACGGACUGUACACAUCAUGUAACAGUAUUAUUUCCAAUAUUCUAUAAAAGUGCACUUAGGUUUAAAUUUGGGAAAUUUAAACAAUACAAUACAGGUGGUGCUUUUCUUUUUUUACUAGAGUGAAUUUGAUUCUGUAAAAGCACUCCAGUAAAGGAAGACAUAUCAUGUAUACACUCCACACUCACUGCCAUUUAUUAAACAUACAUGUUUUAUACAUAUAGAGGUUGAGUAUCCCUUAUCCAAAAUUAAAACUGUAUAUAUAUAUAUAUAUAUAUAUCUUUUUUGGUCAGAGCAGUAUUGUAGUCAUGAAACAGAUAAUAGAUAUAUAAUAUAUUUUUAUAGCUGUGUUAUAAUGUUGUUAACAUGAGGCCGGUUAAGAUUUUAACUCUGGAAUUUUUUUUUUUAAUGUGUGAAAUAAAUCAGAAAUAUUUGUGUACAUUAGAAUAAAGAUUAUUGUAAAUUUGAAUAAUUGUGGAAUAAAGUCAUAAACACAAGGGUCACAUUUAUAAAGCAAAUGAUAGCAAUUUCAGCAUAUCAAGGCUUGUUUAUAUUAAAGAGUAUUUACUCUUUUCUUGUUUGAGUUUAAGCUACAUAAUUGCCAUUUUGCUAAGUAAGAAAAUUAUGUGCAGACUCUUCUAAAUUAUUCAACAGUUAUUUACCAAUGAAGCCUAAUUGAGCUUGUUACAGUUUAACCUAUAAACCAAAAACAGUAACUUUAAUGUAUCAGAUUGUUAUAAAAAUUGUAAUCACAUUCUUUUUUAUUAUAUUUUUAUUUUACCUUCAGAGGUGGUUGUAUUUGCAUAUUGUUUGUAAAAUAUUAUGUUUUCCAGUAAAGAACAGUUUUUAUGCUUUUGUGUAUUGUACACAGUUGAAAUUGUUUAUUUUUGUUUUUUAAGAUUAUACUGUU